GAUAUUGCCAGUGUUACUAUUUAAAUGAUAUGUUCAAAAGUAAUAAAACGCGCUCGAUAUCCCUGUUUAUUUUAUUGACCACUCGCCAGAUGUUUGCGCAUUGUUUUCCAGUGCGCAGUAGUUUCUCUAUCGUGAAAUCGGGACUCUGUUUUAGUAUUAUAUCUAUUCUGCCAUUUUGAAAAUAGUGGCGUGUAUGGAUUAGACCUAGUGUUUUUUAUGUGACAAAUAUGUCCGGGAGCAAUGAUAAAGUGUCGACUACGCAGCGUAUGAUUCAAAGUGUUGCUUUCCCUCCUAGCCACAAGCUUACCGUAUCUGAAGUUUUCGAUGAAAAAUCUGGAAAACCUUUGCCAGAUGUACUGAAGCAACAUUUUAUCUUAGAGGGCCGAAUCGAGGAAAAUGCAGCUUUACGAAUCAUCCAAGAUGGUGCCACCUUAUUACGAUCUGAAAAAACUAUGAUCGAGAUUGAUUCACCGGUUACCGUGUGCGGAGACGUCCAUGGCCAGUUUUACGAUUUGAUGAAAUUAUUUGAAGUGGGAGGUUCACCCUCGUGCACCAAGUAUUUAUUCUUAGGUGAUUAUGUCGACCGAGGUUAUUUUAGUAUAGAAUGUGUUCUCUACCUCUGGGCCUUGAAAUUGUGCUAUCCGAAGACAUUAUUUCUAUUACGCGGUAAUCAUGAAUGCCGACAUUUGACAGAAUAUUUUACUUUCAAACAGGAAUGCAAAAUUAAGUAUUCUGAAAAAGUGUAUGAUGCAUGUAUGGAAGCCUUCGAUUGCUUACCUCUGGCUGCUCUUAUGAAUCAGCAGUUCCUAUGUGUGCAUGGGGGUCUUUCUCCUGAGAUAAACAGCUUAGAUGAUAUUCGUAAACUAGAUAGAUUCAAAGAACCACCUGCAUUUGGAGCAAUGUGUGAUCUGCUGUGGUCUGAUCCCCUUGAAGAUUUUGGAAAUGAAAAAAAUGCAGAGCAUUUCUCGCACAACUCUGUAAGAGGUUGUUCAUAUUUUUACAGCUAUGCUGCUUGCUGUGACUUUCUCCAAAGAAACAAUUUGUUGUCAAUCAUACGUGCCCAUGAGGCUCAAGAUGCUGGUUAUCGAAUGUAUCGUAAGAGCCAGACCACUGGUUUCCCAAGUCUCAUCACUAUUUUUUCUGCCCCAAAUUACUUGGAUGUCUAUAACAAUAAGGCUGCUGUCUUAAAGUACGAAAACAAUGUUAUGAACAUUCGACAAUUCAACUGUUCUCCUCACCCGUAUUGGCUGCCAAACUUCAUGGAUGUGUUCACCUGGUCCUUGCCUUUUGUCGGUGAAAAAGUUACUGAAAUGUUGGUAAAUGUGUUAAACAUUUGCUCUGAUGAUGAACUGAUGUCGGAAGGAGAUGAUGCAUUGGAGGAAGCUAAUCUCAGAAAAGAAGUUAUACGUAACAAAAUCCGUGCUAUUGGUAAAAUGGCACAUGUCUUUUCAGUGCUUCGUGAGGAAAGUGAGUCUGUACUGCAGCUGAAGGGGCUUACCCCUACAGGUGCUCUUCCACUAGGUGCGUUAUCAGGUGGAAAAACAUCUCUCAAAAAUGCUUUGCAAGGAUUUUCUCCCAACCACAAAAUCACUUCCUUUGCUGAGGCAAAAGGCUUAGAUGCCAUUAAUGAGCGAAUGCCCCCCCGUAGAGAUGGCCAACGUACUCCAGAUGCACAGGAAAAGAAGCCUCAUGUGAACAGCAAUGCACACUCGUGAAGUGCUCGCUGAUAUUUCUCUUCGAUCCUUAAUUUACUGCCCACGAUUAUAGUGAUAGUGAAAUAUGUGUGACGGAGACUCAGCUUUUGGAAUGAUAUUUCACGUUCAUAAUAACUAGGUGGAUUUGAAGGGAAUUGUCAUUAUAGAUACUAAAUAUUUUAAAUUUGGAUUUAACUUUUUUUCAAUAGUUGAAAUUAAAAUUUCUCUUAAGAUAUU